AUGCACAAGGAAUCCCACGACAUCACUAUCGUGCAGGGAACAGUGGACGCAGUUCCAGCAGUCCUCCAUCUCCUAGAUACUGCGAUCAAAUGGCUGGUAUCGCGUGACAGAAUCGGGCAAUGGGGAACAGCACCGUUUUCUGAGAAUCCACAACGCGUCGAACGACUCAGAGAAUUUGUAACCACAGGCCUUGGUCUUUGGCUCGCUAUCAAGGUUACUGAUGACACGCCCAUGCUGGGUCAAGAUGGACGCUCCAAUAUAAACCUCCAAACUAUGAACGGAGAAGCUCCGGGGAUCAUCGUAGGAGCACUUGCUAUUGGAGACAGGAUGCCUUAUGUGCCGCCUGUCUCGGAGCCUGAGCUUUACGUGCGAUUAUUAGUCACGGAUCGACGAUGGGCUGGCAACAAGAUUGGCAAACGCCUUUUGGAACAUGCACGUGGUCUUGCCAAUAGGGCUGGAGUCUCAUUACUACGGGUGGAUUGCUAUGCAGGUGGCGACGGUAAAUUGAUCCAAUAUUAUGAGUCCCAGGGGUUUAAGCGAUCUGAAAGUUUGAAUCUGGAAGGCGACUGGCCUUGUCAAGUGCUUGCUCAACGGUUAGAUGAGGUGAAAGAAGAAGAGAGAAGUUGA